AUGUUGGAGCAGUUGCCUCAUCAUCUCACUGCUCUAUCAACGCAAGGCAUCACCAAAGUCACCGGUAAGGGCAAUCACCGCCUGCCACCUCCGAAUACGUCACUUUUGGAGAAGUCCAUCUUUGGCGUCAGUACAAGAUUGGGGAAUCUUGUCAACCAAAUUGACUCAAUGAAUCAGGAGCUAGCACAAAUGUCCCAAAGCUACAAAACAGCUAUCACUUUGCGAAGAGGUCUGUCUCUAUGGGUGAGGGAGACUUCGGACCUUGUUGAAGCCAUAGAAAAGAGAAUCAAGAGCGGAUCUCAUAGGAAUCUCGCCUCCAGUACUGCUGCAAAGAAUCUGGAGCGCGCUUCAGCCGAAUCCGUGCAUUGUAAAGCCAGAAUGAAGGAGCUUAAUCAGACCUACGAACUUUUAACUCGCUUACUUGAGGACUCCUCAGCUAGAGGCGAUGCCUACAAACGUACAGUCAGUUGUCUUCCCUUUGCCGCCAUAGAAACCGCCAACACACGGUUUGUUGGACCACCUGGCAUUGGAAUAAUAGAUCUUGUUGCCCUGGAAUCUACUGUGGCCAGUCUUAACACACAAUUUCAAGCAUUAGAAAGCAAAAUUGUUAAUAAUCUGACGGUUAUAAGAAAUGCGAUCCAUGAGACGGAGGAAAAUCGAAGUGUCUAUAAUGCACCCUCCUCUCACCGGUCGUCAGAAAGCAUGCGUUCUCUCUUCUUACCUUAUUCUGCCAAUGGUUUGGAAAGCAAAGACGUAGGUGACUACUUUGUAACCGGUGGAUCUCGUCGUCGUAGACGACGAAAGGUUUCCCCUUCAGUUUCUCUAGAGGAGAGCCAAAUGAAGCGCAAACCUCUGAAACGCAAGCUCACACGAUACUGUGUAGUUUCUGGCUUCUAUCUCAUCUCACCAAAGCAAUCUCUUCGUGUGGAGACAGCCAUCACACGAGCGAUGCUUCGCGAGGGUCGUGUGAAUGUCGACCACAACCUCGUCUAUGACUCAGACUCCGGGGCAAUGAUUACGGUUGGAGAAGCGUUGGAAAAGAGCGUUAUAGUUGGUCUUAUAUUCACGAAAUCCACAGUUAAGCAAACCGGUGAGACGACCUACUGGCUUGAGAUUUUUCACAAAAGGCAUGACGUCUAUCUCGUGGAAGGAAUUUACGAUGUCAACGCAAAAGCAUUGAUUCCAGUGGAAGAAGCACUGACUUCAAAUCUUUUUGACCCAGUCUGUGGGCUUUAUCUUCACACGGGAACAAGGGAGACCAUCACUCUUGAGGACGCGCAUCAGCAAGGCUUGAUUCGAGUCGUUCCACAGCUCCGUCCUCCUUGUGACGAUCUUGCUAUUCGACCUUUCGAUUCCAUCUACUAUCGUACAGUAGAAGGUGAUUUCGCUCUUCGAUCUUUGACUGUUACCUUCAAGCAAAAAGAAGACCUGUUUAUUAAAAAGGAAGAGGUCGCCAAAUCUGACCAGAAGAGUGUCAUGGCCAACAGCUCAAAACUGCCUCUCGACUUACAUCUUCUGGGUAAUCUUGUGCCCGUCACAAUGACCGACGGAACAGCAAUUUCGGCAAUCAAAUUGCCUCUGAUACGGCGUCUAGCAGCACAAAAUAUUCCUACCAUUGAAGUAACCCGUCAUGAACCCCAACCGCCCCACCGACUGAGUCUGGCCACGGCUCUCAGACGCGGCUGGAUCGACUCUCACAGCGGUCGUCUCAGAAGUGCUUGUGGCGCUGUCUCUCAAGUGAAUCUCUUUGAGGCCGUAGAACAGAGAUUUGUAGACCCUAACUCCAUCAUUGUUCGAAUCAGCGGUGGCGACUUAGACACUGGAAAGUCUGGAGCUUCGAGGACCCGUUAUUAUUCUCUUGCAAGCGUUCUCGAUGCUGCCAAUACCAUAGCUAGAGCAGAAAGGUUUGUAACAGAAUCAAGUUGGAGAAACGAACUGCUGAAAGUUCUCAUGACAAAUAAUGUGAAUGCAGCUGAUGGUGAGGUGUCUGAGAAGAUCUCAUCGGAAGACUACUCGCGUCUCAAGUCUAUCAUCGUACAUCAUGGAAUAAAACACAUAAAAGGAGACAAGAAGAUGAGCCUGGCAAAAAUAACUCUGAAAACAAAACCAAAGAAAGACGAACAACCGAGUGAAAAGCUUUCAGGGGAAAAAAUAAGUCUUGCAAGAGCCAUCCAAGCGGGACGUUUCGAUCCAUCAACGGGGCUCAUCACGACUCAAACGAUGCGACAAGUCACUCUGAAGGAGGCUAUUGAAAUGAAGAUUAUUGACGAAGAGAUAUCUCUGGUUCAAGAUAAACGAACAGGAUACUAUAGAAGUGUAGCCUAUUAUUUGAAUGAUGAGAAUAUUCCCGUAGAAAUUUGGAUUCGUUGGCCAAUGGCUACCCUUUUGGUGACCGAAGAAUUGGAGCCCUUCGGUCGCAGAAGAAUGAGUCAUGGCCAGAGGAUUCCUUACGCUGCAGCACAAGUCCUCAAUUUGAUCAAUUCUCAGAGCAGAACAGUUCUCAAUCCACACACCAAAAAUUAUGUCUCUAUUCUAAAUGCCUUUGUUGAGGGACCACUGUGUGGUCAAAGAACAGUUAUCUACUUUAGAACAUCACAGAAAUAUCUUCCGGUGGGUAAACUAAUCUCAUCGAAUCCAGAAAAUGUUGUGAAUGAACUGUUAUUCAAUCGAUCCUUGUGUAUUGAGCUACAAGAGGAUAUUGGUGACAGUGGCGACAGAACGCCUUCGUCGUCUUACGUAAAUGUUAAGACUUCCGUCGACUCCUUACCAUCGUAUACUGUUAAUACCUCUGUUGAUCUCCAAACUGCUGUUAGCCUUGGAUGGGUCGACAGAGAAACUGGAUUUGUAAAUGAUCCUUACACUGGACAUCGCCUUCUUCUAAGGGAAGCCAUUAGGGCAGGAUUGAUUGAUGCCCAUCGAACAAUUAUUAAAGACCCCGUCACUCGCCAAACUUCCACACUUGAUGUCAUACUGAGAAGUGGGGAACCCAUUAAUGUGCCUUAUGUAAUACAGCUGGCUUGUUCUGAGGAUAACCAGAAAUCAUCAACUCAAACCGUCUCUUAUCAACAUCAAACAUCAUACCUGCUGCCUAUGUCAAAUGACAAGUUGACCCCAACUCCACUGGCAAAUGCAAUCCAGGUUACGAACCUGCCCAAAGGUCAGGAAGUAGGUGACAAUAAACCCUCCAUAGAAGUAGAGCAUCCUCUUGAAAGAAGAGAAAAAACCGGGAGGAAAAUGCCUACUGAAGCUACGGAGAGUGCUGAAGUGGAGGAAAAAAUUGCCCCUGAUACCAAAAAGUUGCGGUCCAAUUUGGCUGAUGCCGCAACUAAAGUAGGAACAGGUCUUGCUGUUGCUCUUGGUGCUGUAGCUGUUAGUGGCACUCUAGCUUAUCAAUCAAUCAAGGAAAAGCUUAAGAGUGAUAAUGCCUCAAAUAGCAAAAUUUCGUCUGCUACAGGCAAAGACGAUCGGCAGAUCACUUCUAGUCAUAAGUCUGAAGGCGGUGCAACUGAACAUCCUGAGGAUUUCCGAAGACCUUUAGUUCCAAAGAGCGACCAAAUCAGCACUAAUUCUGAAGGAGAGGAAGUGAAACUAAGUGACACAUCCAUACUUGAACCUUCUAAUUCAAUUAACAACAGCGAAUUACAGUGUCGUCAUGUCGAAAAGACUGAUUCUUUAAUUGAAAAUCAAAUUAAUGUCAAAAUCACUACUGAUGCAACAAGUUCAGAAAAGGACGAAAAGUUAAUGGAAAACUUGAGGGCAGCUAGUGAAGGACCAAUAAUUCAGGAUCACGAAAACGAACCUUUACACAAACCUGCAGUUUGUGAUGAAACAUGUACUUCGGAAACACACGAUGUCUCUCAUCCAGUGGAUAUGGAGAGCAAAGCAAUAUCGGGACUAGAAAACAGAGAAACAGAGGAAAAUGAUGCAAAGGAGGGUAGAAUAGCCAAAGCCAAAGAUCUUUCACGUCUUACUCUCUUGGCCGAUGGAGGGAUUUCUGAGUUGAACAGUGAAGAUCAGUCUCUUCCUAAAGAAAGUGAAAUGAGAUCUGAGGAAAUAUCUUUGCCAAUGGAAAGAUGGACAGUGAACAGAAGUGCUGAAACUGAGUCAAAAGAUUCAGAACGGACUUCCAUUGACAAGACUCUGUCUAUGACUCAUGAUCCUUUGCACCCAGUCAAGUUUGAAGACACAAUAAAAUGCGAAAAGAUACUCUCGGAAGGUAAAGGUGUGGAUCCGAGUCAAGGAACUUCUGCUACUCUUGAUGCUGAAGAUGUGCAAAAGUAUACGUCUGACAAGGCCUCACCAUUUGCUGAAGGCGACCUGCAACUUGGGAGAACUGAAUGUGAGCAUGAGUCUACUCAAAAAUUAAAGGAAGAAAAGACGGAGUCACCAAACCAGUACAUGAGACCAGCGUUUGAAUCUUUCACAUCUGACAACGGAAUAAAUAUAAUUCAACCGGUUGUGCAGGUCUCCGUGAGCUCAGACCAAAAAAAUCAUGAAGGAGUUGACUCCGAUACCUUGAAGUAUGGAGAAUUGCAGCAUAAAGCUGAAUUAACAAAAGAAAUUGACAAAAUAGAGUCUUCGGCGAUAUCCUGGACGAAUCACAAUGCAUUUGCAGAACCGCUAGAAACGGUUUCUUCUGCAGCUAAAAACGUCAUUGAUAGCAAAGAAUCCAAUGAUGGUGUUAUUACUCAGAAAUCCGUUUUUUCAAACCAACAGUCCCUCUCAAGGCUUGCACAAUUUCCUAUGGAUAAUUUCGAAGACACCUCAAGGAAGCUUAAAAAAGACUCUGGCGUAAAAAGGAUGCUAACAAAUGUCGAAGGUGCUCUAACGGUAGCAGUUGGAGCCCCUGUAGCUGCUGGCAUAAUGGUUUACAAUGCUGUUAAAGAUAACUAUGAAUCAAGUCUACAACCUUCAGAGACACAAAACAAAUCACUGACUAUCAACGAACGCGGACACAUAGACUUAGAAGCGGAUAAUGCUCCCCAAUCUGACACAAAUUUCAAAAGUAAUAAUAAUAAGAGACAAAUUUUGGACGAAAGCAAAGGUUCCUUCCAAAAAGCAAACAAAACUGAAGAUGAUUCAGACGAUCUAUUGGAAGGAGAGGAAUUCGGUUUCGAAAAGCAGCGAGAGUAUUCUCAAUCCCUUAAAAAUGCAGAUGUUCCAGUUGAAUAUACGUCAAUCUCUGUAAAAGAUCGGGAAUUCAAGUCCCCUCAACAAGGCGAGGAGUUACGAACCAAAGAGACUUACGUCGGGGAAGUCAAGUUAGAUGACAAAAAUAACACGGAAGAUAUUCUAAAAGAAAGCCCAAAAGACCCAUCGAAACCAAUUCAAAAUCAGAGGCAAUCUGAUUUGACUCAAAAAGAAAAUUUGAAUGGAUCACAGAAUACAAAGGAAAAAAUUUCAGAAUUGUCCAAAAAUGUGGUAAGUAAACUCAUUUACAACUUAAAUAUUUCUAUUAUCAAUGCUUUUCAUAAAAAUCACAGCAGAUGCUAA